AUGUACCCUCAACACUCCGGGCAAGGUCAACAUGCUCGGCUGAACGGCGCUGGGCGAGGCGGCAUGCCAAACAUGCUAUAUAACUACCAGCAUACUCAACACCAACACCCAUCUCAGACACAACACCAUCAAGGCCUUCAACAUGACCAUGGCAUGUCCGGCGUCAAUGGCUUGGGACAUCACUCGACAUUCACCCCCGGUGGCCUUUCGAACUCGAGUCCUUUCGCUCCGAAUGCGCUUCAGAAUGGGCACUCAGCUGGAAACCGAGGUCAGCCUCCCCCGAACGAGAUGUGGCAAGAACAAUUGAGGAUGCACAAAGAUGCUGAACGGGCGCACGCUGCCAUGACCGAUCAACAACAACCGCACUACUAUGCUAGGCUCAAGGCGUCGGAAAACAGAGGCAUAGGCGGCCCGCCCCCAAACAGUUUACGUGCUCAGCCGGACGACGAGAACGAUGGUGUCGAUAGAAGACGACCCCUGACAGUGGAGAAGGAAACAAGACGACAAGACUGGCACAACAUGGAUAUGAGUGGACAAGGCUUGCGAAACUUGGCACCGGAGUUAUUCAAGUACAAGUUCUUGAACGAGCUCUACAUCGCUUCCAACAAGCUUAGGGUCCUGCCGAACGCGAUUGGAGAACUACGAGCAUUACGCCAUCUCGAUGCCUCCUACAACAAAAUUGUAGAGAUUCCCCCCGAAAUUGGAAUGUGUACCUACCUCAAGAAUUUGCUGCUCUUUAACAACCAAAUUCACACUUUGCCCAACGAACUUGGAUCGCUUCACCUUCUUGAAAUGCUUGGAGUCGAGGGCAACCCCCUGAACUCUGAUAUCAAACACGAGAUCAUGGAGAAGGGGACAAAGAGCUUGAUCAAUUACCUAAAAGAAAACGCCCCCUGUCCCCCUCCUCCCGCACCUCGAAAGCUCGUUCCCAUUCAAGAGGAUGUAUCGCCCAAUCUGGAACGGAUCAAGGUCUUUUCUUGGAACAUUCUUUGCGACAAGUAUGCGACCCCCCAAACUUAUGGCUACACACCAACGGAUGCUCUCGACUGGAAUUAUCGUAGAAGCUGUAUCCUGGAGGAACUUCAACUCAGGGAUGCAGAUUUCCUUGCCCUUCAGGAGGUAUCCACAGAUGCGUUCAAGGAGGAUCUCAGUCCCGAUCUGGCUCAGAUGGAUUACAAGGGUGUUCACUGGCCCAAGUCAAGAGCCAAGACCAUGUCAGAGAGGGAUGCCCAAUCUGUUGAUGGUUGCGCCGUCUUUUAUAAGCAGAGCAAGUUCAUUCUCCUCGACAAGCAGCUGAUCGAGUUCGCCACUAUCGCCAUCAACCGACCCGAUAUGAAGAACCAGCACGACGUGUUCAACCGUGUCAUGCCCAAGGACAACAUUGCCGUCAUCUGCUUCUUCGAAUCCCGCCUUACUGGAGCUCGAAUCAUCCUGGUCAACGCCCAUCUUACCUGGGACUCUGCUCUGGCUGAUGUCAAGGUUAUCCAAACCGGUAUCCUGAUGGAGCACGUUACUAAGCUUGCCGAGAAGUACGCUAGGUGGCCAGCUGUUAAGGACAAGAAGAUGAUUGUGCUACCGGUGGGCGAAGACGAAGUGCCUAUCCCUCAAGCCGAACCAGGUCCCAGCCAAGAGUACCGCACCAAUACCGAAAUUCCCCUACUUGUUUGUGGUGAUUUCAACUCAACGGAAGACUCUUCCGUGUACGAGCUGAUGUCUAUGGGACGUGUGCCUCCGGAUCACUUCGAUUUGAGCAGCUACCAAUACGGUAGCUUUACACGCGAUGGUAUCGAACACCCCUUCAGCUUGAGGGAUGCAUACGCCCAUAUUAAACAAACCGCCGACGAAAUGCCAUUCACCAACUAUACGCCCGGAUUCGCCGAUGUAAUUGAUUACAUCUGGUACUCAACAAACACCCUCGAGGUUGUAGACCUACUAGGACCUCCUGAUCCCGAAUAUCUCAAGCGAGUGCCCGCUUUCCCUAACUGGCACUUCCCUGCCGAUCAUAUUCAGAUCAUGUCUGAAUUUGUGAUCAAGGGGCGCAAAGAGAAAAAGCACCUUCCUGAGCGCGAACCCGACUUUGGACCCGGAUCACGUAGCUAG